UUUUCGGUUAUAUCAGCAGAUCAUUUCAAGAUCUUUUUUUUUAAUUUAAUUACUAAUAUUAGACAUGGAAAGGGGAAUUAAUUUAACAAAACCAAGCCUGUGGAAUAUAUGGAUUGUUAUUCUCAGCCUUUUCCUUUUAGAAAAAACAGACGCAUCCACAAUGGAAUCGUCAGCAAUAUCGUCAACACAAGUAACACCUGAAACACUUUGGACAAGUACAAUGUCACAAACUACUUCAAAGGAAAUAACAAAUGGGAGCAGAGAGACAACUACUAUAUUUUCAACAACUCAACAUGCUACGAGUGUUACUUCACAAAUAAUUACAACAAGAACUGCAGCAAGCACUACACAAACAAUAUUACCAAAGGAAACAACUGUAUCAACAACAGCCAUACCAGAAACUAAUAGAAUGGCCUCGACUACUGUACAAAAUACUGCUAAAGUAAAAUCUACAUUGAUACCCACAACAAUAGGGGUUACAACACAGUUAGUAACCAGUACAUUACCUACAACAGAAACAAAGGAGACAAUGUUACUUAAAACAACCAUGUCAGUAACAAGCACAGUACCAUCCACAGUGCCAGAAAGUAGACCAGCAACAAGCUCAAUUUCAACUGACUCAACAACACCAACUACAGCAUUUUCAUUAAUAAGCACCAUCCAAUCUAAAUUACCAAAAGAAACAACUGAACUAACAUCCUCAUCUAUAAUUAACACAAUACCAGCUACAACAUUAGAAAGCAUACCAACAAGUUCUACUUCAACUAAGUCCAUGACAGUAGUGACUAUAUCAUCAGCAACUAUUACUUCAACUGAAUCAACAAUUCCAACUACAGCACCUUCAUUAACAAGCACUACAUCAUCAAUGUCACCAAAGGAAAUGACUGUACCAACAACAUUCAUGUCAAUACCUGUCACAAUACCUUCUACAACAUCAGCAGAAAACACAUUAACAAUUACUGCUUCAACUGAAUCAAGUCCAACUCAAGCUCUUUUAUUAAUGAGCACUACACCAACAGUAACAAAGGAAACAACUGUACAAACAACAUUGUCAGUACCUAGCACAAUGCCUUCUAUAACAUCAGCAAAAAGCAGAUUAACAAGUUCUGUUAUAACUGAGUCAACAAGUCCAACUCCAGCUCUUUCAUUAAUGAGCACUAUAUCAACAACAGUACCAAAAGAAACAACUGUAGAAACAGCAUUGUUGUCAGUACUUAGCACAAUGCCUUCUACAACAUCGGCAGAAAGCACAUUAACAAGUACUGCUUCAACUGAGUCAACAGGUCCAACUCCAGCUCUUUUAUUAAUGAGCACUAUACCAACAACACCACCAAAGGAAACAACUGUACAAACAACACUGUUGUCAGCACCUAGCACAAUGCCUUCUACAACAUCAGCAGAAAGCAAACUAACAAGUACUGCUUCAAAUGAGUCAACAAGUCCAACUAUAGCUGUUUUAUUAAUGAGCACUACACCAACAACAGUACCGAAGGAAACAACUGUACAAACAAUAUUGUUGUCAGUACCUAGCACUACACCUUCUACAACAUCAGCAGAAAUCACAUUAACAAGUACUGCUUCAACUGAGUCAACAACUCCAACUCCAGCUCUUUUAUUAAUGAGCACCACACCAACAAUAGUACCAAAGGAAACAAGUCUACAAACAACAUUGUUGUCAAUACCUAGCACAACACCUUCUACAACAUCAACAGAAAGCACAUUAAUAAGUACUGCUUCAACUGGGUCAACAACUCCAACUCCAGCUCUUUUAUUAAUGAGCACCACACCAACAACAGUACCAAAGGAAACAAGUGCACAAACAACAUUGUUGUCAGUACCUAGCACAAUGCCUUCUACAAUAUCAGCAGAAAGCACAUUAACAAGUACUGCUUCAACUGAGUUAACAAGUCCAACUCCAGCUCUUUUAUUAAUUAGCACCACACCAACAACAGUACCAAAAGAAACAACUGUACAAACAACAUUCAUGUCAGUACCUAGCACAAUGCCUUCUACAACAACAACAAUAGGAAGCACAUUAACAAGUACUGCUUCAAUUGAGUCAACAACCCCAACUCCUGCUCUUUUAUUAAUGAUCACCACACCAACAACAGUAUCAAAGGAAACAACUGUACAAACAACAUUGUUGCCAGUACCUAGCACAAUGCCUUCUACAACAUCAGCAGAAAGCACAAUAUCAGGUACUGCUUCAACUGAGUCAGCAACUCCAACUCCAGCUCUUUUAUUAAUGAGCACUACACCAACAAUAGUACCAAAGGAAACAAGUCUACAAACAACAUUGUUGUCAGUACCUAGCAUAACACCUUCUACAACAUCAGCAGAAAGCACAUUAACAAGUACUGCCUCAACUGAGUCAACAAGUCCAACUACAGCUCUUUUAUUAAUGAGCACCACACCAACAGCACCAAAGGAAACAACUGUACAAACAAACUUGUUGUCAGUACCUAGCACAAUGCCUUCUACAAUAUCAACAGAAAGCACAUUAACAAGUACUGCUUCAAGUGAGUCAACAACUCCAACUCCAGCUCUUUUAUUAAUGAGCACCACACCAACAACAGGACUGAAGGAAACAACUGUACAAACAUUGAUAUCAGUACCUAGCACAAUGCCUUCUACAACAACAAAAACAGGAAGCACAUUAAGUAUUGCUUCAACUGAGUCAACAAGUCCAACUACAGCUCUUUUAUUGAGCACCAUACCCACAACCGUACCAAAGGAAGCGACUGUACAAACAACAUUGUUGUCAGGACCUAGCACAAUGCCUUCUACAACAUCAGCAGAAACCACAUUAAGAAGUACUGCUUCAACUGAGUCAACAAGUCCAACUACAGCUCUUUUAUUAAUGAGCACGACACCAACAACACCACCAAAGGAAACAACUGUACAAACAACAUUGUUGUCAGUACCUAGCACUACUCCUUCUACGACAUCAGCAGAAAGCACAUUAACAAGUACUGCUUCAACUGUGUCAACAACUCCAACUCCAGUUCUUUUAUUACUGAGCACUACACCAACAACAGUACCAAAGGAAACAAGUGUACAAACAACAUUCAUGUCAGUACCUAGCACAAUGCCUUCUACAACAACAACAAUAGGAAACACAUUAACAAGUACUGCUUCAAUUGAGUCAACAACCCCAACUCCUGCUCUUUUAUUAAUGAUCACCACACCAACAACAGUAUCAAAGGAAACAACUGUACAAACAACAUUGUUGCCAGUACCUAGCACAAUGCCUUCUACAACAUCAGCAGAAAGCACAUUAACAAGUACUGCUUCAACUGAGUCAACAACUCCAACUCCAGCUCUUUUAUUAAUGAGCACCACACCAACACUAGUACCAAAGGAAACAAGUCUACAAACAACUAUGUUGUCAGUACCUAGCAUAACACCUUCUACAACAUCAACAGAAAGCACAUUAACAAGUACUGCCUCAACUGAGUCAACAAGUCCAACUACAGCUCUUUUAUUAAUGAGCACCACACCAACAGCACCAAAGGAAACAACUGUACAAACAAACUUGUUGUCAGUACCUAGCACAAUGCCUUCUACAAUAUCAGCAGAAAGCACAUUAACAAGUACUGUUUCAACUGAGUCAACAACUCCAACUCCAGCUCUUUUAUUAAUGAGCACCACACCAACAAUAGUACCAAAGGAAACAAGUCUACAAACAACAUUGUUGUCAGUACCUAGCACAACGCCUUCUACAACAUCAGCAGAAAGCACAUUAACAAGUACUGCCUCAACUGAGUCAACAAGUCCAACUACAGCUCUUUUAUUAACGAGCACCACACCAACAGCACCAAAGGAAACAACUGUACAAACAAACUUGUUGUCAGUACCUAGCACAAUGCCUUCUACAAUAUCAACAGAAAGCACAUUAACAAGUACUGCUUCAAGUGAGUCAACAACUCCAACUCCAGCUCUUUUAUUAAUGAGCACCACACCAACAACAGGACUAAAGGAAACAACUGUACAAACAACAUUGAUAUCAGUACCUAGCACAAUGCCUUCUACAACAACAAAAACAGGAAGCACAUUAAGUACUGCUUCAACUGAGUCAAGUCCAACUCCAGCUCUUUUAUUAAUGAGCACCACACCCACAACCGUACCAAAGGAAGCGACUGUACAAACAACAUUGUUGUCAGGACCUAGCACAAUGCCUUCUACAACAUCAGCAGAAACUACAUUAAGAAGUACUGCUUCAACUGAGUCAACAAGUCCAACUACAGCUCUUUUAUUAAUGAGCACGACACCAACAACACCACCAAAGGAAACAACUGUACAAACAACAUUGUUGUCAGUACCUAGCACAAUGCCUUCUACAACAUCAGCAGAAAGCACAUCAACAAGUACUGCUUCAACUGAGUUAACAAGUCCACCUCCAGCUCUUUUAUUAAUUAGCACUACACCAACAGCAGUACCAAAGCAAACAACUGUACAAACAACAUUGUUGUCAGUACCUAGCACUACUCCUUCUACGACAUCAGCAGAAAGCACAUUAACAAGUACUGCUUCAACUGUGUCAACAACUCCAACUCCAGCUCUUUUAUUAAUGAGCACCUCACCAGCAAUAGUACCAAAGGAAACAAGUCUACAAACAACAUUGUUGUCAGUACCUAGCAUAACACCUUCUACAACAUCAGCAGAAAGCAUAUUAACAAGUACUGUCUCAACUGAGUCAACAAGUCCAACUACAGCUCUUUUAUUAACUAGCACCACACCAACAACAGUGCCAAAGGUAACAACUGUGCAAACAAACUUGUUGUCAGUACCUAGCGCAAUGCCUUCUACAAUAUCAACAGAAAGCACAUUAACAAGUACUGCUUCAAGUGAGUCAACAACUCCAACGCCAGCUCUUUUAUUAAUGAGCACCACACCAACAACAGGACUAAAGGAAACAACUGUACAAACAACAUUGAUAUCAGUACCUAGUACAAUUCCUUCUACAACAACAAAAACAGGAAGCACAUUAACAAGUACUGCUUCAACUGAGUCAACAAGUCCAACUACAGCUCUUUUAUUGAGCGCCACACCAACAACCGUACCAAAGGAAGCGACUGUACAAACAACAUUGUUGUCAGGACCUAGCACAAUGCCUUCUACAACAUCAGCAGAAACCACAUUAAGAAGUACUGCUUCAACUGAAUCAACAAGUCCAACUACAGCUGUUUUAUUAAUGAGCACUACACCAACAACACCACCAAAGGAAACAACUGUACAAACAACAUUGUUGUCAGUACCUAGCACAAUGCCUUCUACAACAUCAGCAGAAAGCACAUCAACAAGUACUGCUUCAACUGAGUUAACAAGUCCACCUAUAGCUCUUUUAUUACUUAGCACUACACCAACAACAGUACCAAAGGAAACAACUGUACAAACAACAUUGUUGUCAGUACCUAGCACUACUCCUUCUACAUCAUCAGCAGGAAGCACAUUAACAAGUACUGCUUCAACUGUGUCAUCAACUCCAACUCCAGUUCUUUUAUUACUGAGCACCACACCAACAACAGUACCAAAGGAAACAAGUGUACAAACAACAUUCAUGUCAGUACCUAGCACAAUGCCUUCUACAACAACAGCAGGAAGCACAUUAACAAGUACUGCGUCAAUUGAGUCAACAACCCCAACUCCUGCUCUUUUAUUAAUGAUCACUACACCAACAACAGUACCAAAGGAAACAACUGUACAGACAACAUUGUUGCCCGUACCUAGCACAAUGCCGUCUACAAUAUCAGCAGAAAGCACAUUAACAAGUACUGCUUCAACUGAGUCAACAACUCCAACUCCAGCUCUUUUAUUAAUGAGCACCACGCCAACAAUAGUACCAAAGGAAACAAGUCUACAAACAACAUUGUUGUCAGUACCUAGCACAACACCUUCUACAACAUCAGCAGAAAGCAUAUUAACAAGUGCCGCCUCAACUGAGUCAACAAGUCCAACUCCAGCUCUUUUAUUAACGAGCACCACACCAACAAGAGUGCCAAAGGAAACAACUGUACAAACAAACUUGUUGUCAGUACCUAGCACAAUGUCUUCUACAAUAUCAACAGAAAGCACAUUAACAAGUACUGCUUCAAGUGAGUCAACAACUCCAACUCCAGCUCUUUUAUUAAUGAGCACCACACCAACAACAGGACUAAAGGAAACAACUGUACAAACAACAUUGAUAUCAGUACCUAGUACAAUUCCUUCUACAACAACAAAAACAGGAAGCACAUUAACAAGUACUUCUUCAACUGAGUCAACAAGUCUAACUACAGCUCUUUUAUUGAGUACAACACCAACAACCAUACCAAAGGAAGCAACUGUACAAACAACAUUGUUGUCAGUACCUAGCACAAUGCCUUCUACAACCUUAGCAGAAACCACAUUAAGAAGUACUGCUUCAACUGAGUCAACCAGUCCAACUACAGCUGUUUUAUUAAUGACCACUACACCAUCAACACCACCAAAGGAAACAAGUGUACAAACAUCAUUGUUGUCAGUACCUAGCACAAUGCCUUCUACAACAUCAGCAGAAAGCACAUCAAUAAGUACUGCUUCAACUGAGUCAACAAGUCCAACUCCAGCUCUUUUAUUAACGAGCACUACACCAAUGACAGUACUAAAGGAAGCAACUGUACAAACAACAUUGUUGUCAGUACAUAGCACAAUACCUUCUACAAUAUCAGCAGAAAGCACAUUAACAAGUACUGCCUCAACUGAGUCAACAAGUCCAACUCCAGCUCUUUUAUUAAUUAGCACUACACCAACAACAGUACCAAAGGAAACAAGUGUACAAACAACAUUGUUGUCAGUACCUAGCACAAUGCUUUCUACAACAACAACAACAGGAAGCACAUUAACAAGUACUGCUUCAACUGAGUCAACAACUCCAACUCCAGCUCUUUUAUUAAUGACCACUACACCAACAACAGUACCAAAAGAAACAACUGUACAAACAACAUUCAUAUCAGUACCUAGCACAACACCUUUUAAAACAUCAGCAGAAAGCACAUUAACAAGUACUGCCUCAACUGAGUCAACAAGUCCAACUCCAGCUCUUUUAUUAAUUAGCACUACACCAACAACAGUACCAAAGGAAACAAGUGUACAAACAACAUUGUUGUCAGUACCUAGCACAAUGCUUUCUACAACAACAACAACAGGAAGCACAUUAACAAGUACUGCUUCAACUGAGUCAACAACUCCAACUCCAGCUCUUUUAUUAAUGACCACUACACCAACAACAGUACCAAAGGAAACAACUGUACAAGCAACAUUCAUAUCAGUACCUAGCACAACACCUUCAACAAUAUCUGCAGAAAACACAGUAACAAGUCCUGCUUCAAUUGUGUCAACUUCUUCAACUCCAGCUCUUUUAUUAAUGAGCACCACACCUACAACACUACCAAAGGAAACAACUGUACAAACAACAUUGUUGUCAGUACUUAGCACAAUGCCUUCUACAACAUCAGCAGAAAGCACAAUAUCAAGUACUGCUUCAACUGAGUCAAAAACUCCAACUCCACCUCUUUUAUUAAUGAGCACCACACCAACUACACCACCAAAGGAAAUAACUGUACAAGCAACAUUGUUGUCAGUACCUAGCACAAAGUAUUCUACAAUAUCAGCAGAAAGCACAUUAACAAGUACUGCUUCAACUGUGUCAACAACUCCAACUCCAGCUCUUUUAUUAAUGAGCACCACGCCAACAAUAGUACCAAAGGAAACAAGUCUACAAACAGCAUUGUUGUCAGUACCUAGCACAACACCUUCUACAACAUCAGCAGAAAGCACAUUAACAAGUACUGCUUCAACUGUGUCAACAACUCCAACUCCAGCUCUUUUAUUAAUGAGCACCACGCCAACAAUAGUACCAAAGGAAACAAGUCUACAAACAGCAUUGUUGUCAGUACCUAGCACAACACCUUCUACAACAUCAGCAGAAAGCACAUUAACAAGUACUGCUUCAACUGUGUCAGCAACUCCAACUCCAGCUCUUGUAUUAAUGAGCACCACGCCAACAAUAGUACCAAAGGAAACAAGUCUACAAACAGCAUUGUUGUCAGUACCUAGCACAACACCUUCUACAACAUCAGCAGAAAGCACAUUAACAAGUACUGCUUCAACUGUGCCAGCAACUCCAACUCCAGCUCUUGUAUUAAUGAGCACCACACCAACAACAGUACCAAAGGAAACAAGUGUACAAACAACAUUCAUGUCAGUACCUAGCACAAUGCCUUCUACAAUAUCAGCAGAAACCACAUUAAGAAGUACUGCAUCAACUGAGUCAACAACUCCAACUCCAACUCUUUUAUUAAUGAGCACCACAUCAAAAACAGUACCAAAGGAAACAAGUCUACAAACAACAUUCAUGUCAGUACCUAGCACAAUGUCUUCUACAAUAUCAGCAGAAAGCACAGUAACAAGUACUGCUUCAACUGUGUCAAGAAGUCCAACUCCAGCUCUUUUAUUAAUGAGCACCACACCAACAGUACCAAAGGAAACAACUGUACAAACAACAUUGUUGCCAGUACCUAGCACAGUACCUUCUACAACAUCAGCAGAAAGCACAUUAACAAGUACUGCUUCAACUGAGUCAACAACUCCAACUCCAGCUCUUUUAUUAAUGAGCACCUCACCAGCAAUAGUACCAAAGGAAACAACUGUAAAAACAACAUUGUUGCCCGUACCUAGCACAAUGCCGUCUACAAUAUCAGCAGAAAGCACAAUAUCAGGUACUGCUUCAACUGAGUCAACAACUCCAACUCCAGCUCUUUUAUUAAUGAGCACCACGCCAACAAUAGUACCAAAGGAAACAAGUCUACAAACAACAUUGUUGUCAAUACCUAGCACAACACCUUCUACAACAUCAGCAGAAAGCACAUUAACAAGUGCCGCCUCAACUGAGUCAACAAGUCCAACUCCAGCUCUUUUAUUAAUGAGCACCACGCCAACAAUAGUACCAAAGGAAACAAGUCUACAAACAACAUUGUUGUCAAUACCUAGCACAACACCUUCUACAACAUCAGCAGAAAGCACAUUAACAAGUACUGUCUCAACUGAGUCAACAACUCCAACUCCAGCUCUUUUAUUAAUGAGCACCACGCCAACAAUAGUACCAAAGGAAACAAGUCUACAAACAACAUUGUUGUCAAUACCUAGCACAACGCCUUCUACAACAUCAGCAGAAAGCACAUUAACAAGUACUGCUUUAACUGAGUCAACAACCCCAACUCCAGCUAUUUUAUUAAUGAGCACCACACCAACAACAGUACCAAAGGAAACAAGUGUACAGACAGCAUUCAUAUCAGCACCUAGCACAAUGCCUUCUACAAUAUUAGCAGAAAGCUCAUUAACAAGUACUGCUUCAUCUGUGUCAACAACUCCAACUCCAGCUCUUUUAUUAAUGAUCACCACACCAACAACAGUACCAAAGGAAACAACUGUAAAAACAACAUUGUUGUCAGUACCUAGCACAGUACCUUCUACAACAUCAGCAGAAAGCACAAUAUCAAGUACUGCUUCAACUGAGUCAAAAACUCCAACUCCAGCUCUUUUGUUAAUGAGCACCACACCAACAACAGUACCAAAGGGAACAACUGUACAAACAACAUUGUUGUCAGUAGUUUCUACUACAAAUCCUGCAUCAACACAAGCUACUGUUAUGGCUUUGCCCACUUCUGGAGGUAGCAAUGUGACAGCAAGAUUAAUAAGCAGCUUUCCUUCUACACCAGCGCCUCUAGAAAUUAAGAUAACAAAUCACACAACAGAAACAACAACUACUACUUUGAGUACUUUACAAGUAACAACAAUAGCGGCAACCAUUGACGAAAACAUUGGAUUUCAAACUUUGAUUCCAGUUAAUCAGGGGCCACCUUUAAAUGGAACAACCGUUACUGUUGGAAAGAUGUCAGAAUCCACUUCAGUGUCUUCCACAACACUUCAAAAAAUGAAUACAAUGACAAGCAGGAGUGCAACUACUAAGACAAGUGUUCAACCUACAGAGAAGACAAAUGCAUUGAAUACAUCUGUACCAUCAGGCAUAAUUUUAGCAGCAUCUGGUACAACUUCUAUAACAACCACAAGUACAGUGCCACAGCCAUCUAUUCAGGUGACAAAUUUUCAGAGGACAUCCAUGUAUGAACCUACAGUAGUGUCCACUGUAUCAACAACAGAAAGCAAGGUAUCAAUAGGUUCACUACCCAGGAAGACAACAUAUUUUAUAGGUUCAACAGAAGCUGUUAGCAGUACUUUAUCAAAUGUACCAUUAAACAGUACUGAAAGUGGGCAACUGACAAAAGAGACAACUAGUGAAGUCUUCAUUGCUGCACAAGCAAAAAGCACCACGGCUUCAACAGUACAGGGAGCAGCAGGUAUAGCAAAUGAAACAGCAGCAUCUUCAGUAAGUCUUGGUACUGCAUCAACAACUGCACUUGAUGCAAAUUUGGCAUUAACUGAAAGUACUGGUCCAUCUGUGCCCUUUAUAGUCAAUACAACCUUACCUUCAACACCUGAAACAAUUAAAUCUGUAGCAUCAACUCUGAAAGCUAUUACAGUGUCCCCUGUGGUAGAAAAAGGAAGUACAGUGGAAUCCAGCAUCACAUCUGCUGCUAGCGGUCAUAUGUAUAAUACAGGUCCAUUAGGGCCUAUCACAGCAGAAGGAUCAAGGUCACUGCCAGCUGUUUCAGCUGUAUCUUCAGUGACCGAAGAGUUAAGCACUGUGAAACAGACAGCUACACAAGGAACAGCAAUACCAACAAUUUCACUGUCUACAGUUCUGACUACUGUUGGAGCCCCUGUUGUUCUGCCUGUAGUUCCUGUAUCUGCUCAGACCACUGCAAUGCCUGAAUCAACAUCAGGACGAAGUACUAAAACAGAAAGAUUAAUAAGCAGCUUCCCAGCCUCAUCACCUGAAACAACUAAAAUAAGUCCAACAACAGGAACAGCUGGUAUGUCUUCAGCUGCGACCGUAGAAGAAUACAUUGUAGCAAACACUGUUGCCCCCGUUCACCAGGGGCCAUCACUGAAUGUGACUACUGUGCCUGUAGUACAGCAAUCUAAUUCCUCUCUGGUACCUUCCACAGUGGUGUCCAUGUCAACAUUUGAAGGAGCCAAUGUUGCUACAAGUAGUAUACCAAGUAAAAUAGUUGUGUCUUCAGUCACAACAGCGGUGUCGACUACAAUUCCUGUAUUAUUAAGCACUUCCACUGCAUCAGUCAGUUUGGAACAGAAAGCUAGCAGCUUGACACAGUUUACAACAUUAAACUUGGAUCAAACAGUUACAAGAUUUACAAGUGGAAAACACUCUACAUUAUCUCUGGAAAGGGGAACAAGCUCUUCUUUAAUUGUUUCAGGGAAGACAACAGCAAAAGGCCCAGAAAACACAACAUUAGCAGAAAUAACAGAAGAAACUAUUGCUAAACAAACAGUGAAUCCAAUUGAUCAGAAGCCCCUUCUGAAUGCUACAGCUUUGCCAAACAUUACAGCUGUACAUGGAAGUACAUAUUCUUCAACAUCUGCAACAGAAGUAAUCAUUUUGGGAGUAGAAACCACUGCUGAAGUCAAAUACAGUACAACUUCAGUAUCCAGUCCUCUGACAGAAACAACAGCUUUAAAAGCAGCCAUUACUUAUCAAGCUUUCACUGCAAAUAUCACUAUAACAAAUAUGCAACUAACUGCAGACCUAAAUGAUUCUAAUUCAAGUGCCUACAAUGCUACAGUGGCAAACCUGACUGAGCUGCUAGAUCAAGUGUUUAGAAAGAGUUCCAUCAGUGCAAGAUUUAUUGGCUGUCAGAUUAAAGGAUUCAGACUUGAAUCUGCUAUGAAUGGGACUACUGUGGAUUCCUUAUGCACCAUCAGGAAUGAUUCAACAAGUCCAGCAUUUGACAGAGUUCAUGUCUACCGUGAUUUCAGUCAAGCAACCAAAAAUAUCACAGUACUGGGCCUAUACAUUCUUCAGCCAGACAGCCUCUAUGUGGAUGGAUACAAUGAAAAAGGGACAACAACCACAGUUCCAACAAGUUAUAAUGAGAAAACAACAGUGACAAGUGUUCCAGCAACUAUGAUGCCAACAGUUAACCUACAAGAUUUUACCGUAAACAUCACUAUAACAAAUAUACAGUUUUCUGCAGACCUAAAUAACUCUGCUUCACCUGUCUACAACUCCACAGUGGCAAACCUAACUCAAAUGCUAAAUGAAUUGCUCAGAAACACGAGCCUCAGCAGUGUAUUCCUGGGCUGCCAGAUCAAAGGGCUGAGACAAGGAUACAAUAUAUAUAGGACAACCAUGGAUGCUGUCUGCACAGUUAAGAACGAUUCAUCAAGUCUUCCAUUUGACAGAGUUAAAGUGUAUCAUGAGGUCAGUAACGCAACAAAUAAUAUCACAGCCCUGGGACCAUAUACCCUACAGCCUGACAGCCUCUUUGUAAAUGGUUAUAAUGAGAAACCUACUGUGACAUCUGCUCCUACAACUACGAUGCCAACAGUCAACCUACAAGGUUUUACUGUAAACAUCACUAUAACAAAUAUACAGUUUUCUGCAGACCUAAAUAAUUCUGCUUCACCUGUCUACAACUCCACAGUGGCAAACCUAACUCAAAUGCUAAAUGAAUUGCUCAGAAACACGAGCAUCAGCAGUGUAUUCCUGGGCUGCCAGAUCAAAGGGUUGAGACAAGGAUACAAUUUAUAUGGGACAACCAUGGAUGCUGUCUGCACAGUAAAGAAUGAUUCAUCAAGCCUUCCAUUUGACAGAGUUAAAGUGUAUCAUGAGGUCAGUGACGCAACAAAUAAUAUCACAGCCCUGGGACCAUAUACCCUACAUCCUGACAGCCUCUUUGUAAACGGUUAUAAUGAGAAAACUACUGUGACAUCUGCUCCUACAAUUACAACACCGGCAGUUAUUCUCCAAAGUUUUAUCGUAAACAUCACUGUAAUCAAUAUGCAGUUUUCUGCAGACCUAAGUAACUCAGCAUCACCAAACUAUAAUUCUACAGUGGCAAACUUGACUCAAACGCUAAAUAACUUCUUCAAAAGCACCAGUAUCAACAGUACAUUCAUCAGCUGUGAAGUCAAAGGAUUGAGGAAAGGAGACAGUACAAAUGGAACAACAGUUGAUGCCAUCUGUGUUAUUAAGAAUGAUUCAUCAAGUCCUGCAUUUGACAAAAUAGCCAUGUACAAUGAUGUGAGCCAAAGAACAAGGAAUAUUACAGCAUUGGGCCCUUAUACACUUCAGCCUGAUAGCCUCUACGUAAAUGGUUAUAAUGAGAGAAGAACAGUAACAACUACUCCAACAACCACGUUACCAGCAGUUAUCCUCCAAGGUUUCACUGUAAACAUCACUGUUACAAAUAUACAGUUUUCUGCAGACCUAAAUAACUCUGCUUCACCUGUCUACAAUCAUACAGUGGCAAAUCUGACUCAAACGCUAAAUAACCUCUUCAAAGGCACCAGUAUAAACAGCACAUUCAUCAACUGUGAAAUCAAAGGAUUAAGGCAAGGAGACAGUACAAGUGGAACAACCAUUGAUGCCGUCUGCACUAUUAAGAAUGAUUCAUCAGGCCCACAGUUUGACAGAGUAAAUGUGUAUCAGGAUGUGAGCCGAGCAACAAGAAAUAUCACCGUAUUAGGCCCGUAUACACUUCAGCCUGACAGCCUCUAUGUGAAUGGUUAUAAUGAGAAAAGGACAGUGACAUCUGCACCAACAACUAUGAUUCCAAGCUACCAGGUGUUCACAGUUAAUUUCACUAUAAAUAAUUUGCUGUUUGAACCUCAGCUUCUGAAUCCAUCAUCCAAUUAUUACCAGUCUGCAGUCACUGUCAUACUUUACUUGUUAAACAGAACAUUUGAGAAUACAUCCAUAAAGACUACAUUUACUGGCUGCCAGAUCGAUGGAUUCCGGAAGGCGAUUACUGGAAAUGGAACUGCAUUAAAUGCAAUGUGCCAAAUCAGGACUGAUUCUUCAAGUCCGGAAUUUGACAGAGUUAAAGUAUAUCAUGACUUCAGUAGCAACACAAAUAAAAUCACCAUACUGGGUGCAUAUAAUCUGCAGAAUGACAGCCUGUAUAUAAAUGGUUAUAAUGAGGGAAAUCCAUUGACACAGAAUGUGACCCCAGCAGUGAAUUACCAAAAUUUCACGGCAAAUGUUACUAUAACGAACCUACUGUUUGUACCUCAGCUUAAGGAUCCAACAUCUGCUUACUAUAAAUCAGCUGCAGCAACUAUAAUUGCUUUGUUUGGCAACAUUUUCAAGAACAGUACAAUCAAUGAUACAUAUGAAGGCUGUCAAGUAGACAGCUUUAGCAAAGAAUCCAGUGGGUCUGCAACUAAAGUGAAUGCCAUCUGCUUAAUUAGAGUUGAUGCCUCAAGUCCUCCUUUUGACAGAGUUAAAGUGUAUAAUGAGGUUAGCCUCAGCACAAGUAAUAUCACUGUGAUGGGAGUAUAUCAUCUACAAAAUGACAGCUUGUAUAUAAAUGGUUAUAAUGAAAAAUACCCGGUGUCACCAUUUUCAACUGUAGAACCAAUUAUCAAUGUUGUCACUAAUCAACCUGUGGGAAGUGGAACUCUUCAGGACUUUAGAAUAAACUUCACCGCAACAAACUUCUACUAUACUCCUGCCCUCCAAAACUCUUCAUCAGCAAUAUAUCAAGCAGAUGCAAGAUAUAUAUUUAAUCUGAUUGCUAAUGCACUUAGUAGCAGCGCCAUAAGAAACAACUUUAAAGGGUGUACUGGAAUUUCAUUCAAGCCAACAGAUAGUACGUCAUCUACUUCAGUGAAUCUGAUUUGCAAAUUUCUGCCUGAUAAUAUCAUUAAGUACUUUAAUGAGGUACUUGUAUACAGAGAACUGAGAGCCGUGACCCAAACCUUUACUCUGCUAGGAAACUAUGAUCUGAUGAGCACUAGUGUGUAUGUAAACGACUACAGGGAACUACCAGCUACAACUACUCCUCCCAUAACUACGUUACCGCCAAUCAUUGGAUACAGUAUCACCUUUACAAUCAUAAAUGCCAACCUCUCAACAGAAGACCCCAACUCUGAUGAAUAUAAAGCUAUAGCAGCAAAUAUUACGAAGAAGCUUCAAGAUCUAUACAACUCCAAUAGUUUAAAGGACAAGUUUCUUUAUUGUGAAGUUACUCAUCUAAGGAUUGGAUCCAUACACGCUAGCUGCAAUUGUUAUUUUCACAACAGCACAAAUAUUAACAGUGACCUUGUUCAGAAUGCCUUCAUUGAAGGAACAAACACCACACAGUUACUUGGAGGAUACUAUCAGCUUCAACCCAGUUCCUUGGUAGUAAAGGAAAAUCCGGCAGGCGUGCAGCCAUACCAACAACCAUAUGAACUUCCGUACUGGGCUAUCAUCCUGAUCUCACUUGGAGUGCUACUUGUGAUGAUUCUGCUCUUCCUUUGCUGUUUCUUGCUUGCAUUUUGUUUAAAAAGGAGACUGGGAUCGUACAAGAUGGAACAGAGUCCAUAUGGGGAAUAUUUUUCUCAUUUAGAUCUCAGAAAGCAUUACUGAGGAUACAUACCUUUUGGCAUCACCACAUUAUUAUCCAAUCCUCCAUCAAGACACUUCUAUCAUUGGCACUUUUUUUUUAUGAAACAAUAACAGGACUAUUCCUUAUUCCUUGUGGUAUAUUUAUGUUUACAUUUUAUGAAACAAUUUAUGCAUGGAAAAAUGCUAGGAAUACAUAUCAGUCCAUUGUGAUUCUAUCCAUAUUUUCAUACUGGCAACUUUUUUGUUAUUUCUAGAGAGAAAUGUUUGCAGUACAAAGUAUUACAUAUGAAAUGAGCUACAGUGUUUACUUUUAAAAAUACAAUUGUUACAACCAAAGAAUGUCUGUAAGCAGAGUAUUACGUGCAAUACUAAAUUUAUAUUUAAGCUUCUGUAAUUUUGGACUGAGGUUUUUAUUAAAAUAAUUCAGAGCAGUUUACCACUAAAUAUAUGUUUUGUAAAAGUACAUUGUAAAUGUGUACAUGUAAUUUGUAAGGUUUUCAGACUGUGGAUGUGUUCUUAAUUUUUGUAAUGUACAUUGUGCUUCAAAAUUAAAGUAUCCUGCUAGGAGUCAGAUGACAUAAACAAAUAAAAUUAUUUAUUGUGCAGCAAA